GUGCGUUUUCAGUUUAUUUUCAACAGUCGAUUAAAACGAAAGUAAAAUAUACAUGCAGCAGGCCACGGCCUACACUGCUGCUGUUGUUGUUGCUGCUGCUACUGUUAGAGCUACUACUGGGAUUACAGUGUGGGUCUGCGAACGCCAGACUCGGUGUGGGUUGUGAACCACGGGAAACGAAAGCGGGCGGAGGAGUGUGAGUGCGUGCGUGCGUUUUCUUUUUAUCUAAUUGCACGAAAAUGUUCUGUGAAUAACUCGUCGGUCGCUGCUCACGGCUGCUUAUUUUUAGGCAUGACAAACUACUGCUACAAUUACGACGACGAGCGCAGCAACUACAACCACUACUACUGCUACUACUACUACGAUUGCCACUACGACUACGAUCACCACUGCAGCAACAACUGCAACAUCAACAGCAAUACUAAUCAUCGCUAAUCUUUUUGACGCGCGUGCAGAAACAAUAGUGUUGCGGAAAAAAACCCCGCUGGCGCAAGCACGGUCGCGCGCGCAUAGAUGUAUUUAUUUGUUAUAGAUUAAAUAUUUGAAUUUGAAUAGUUGGUAGAUAUGAAUAGUAUUGUUAUAGUGAGUUUAUGGAUACUCCUGCACAUUAGCAAUACAUCUUGUCAAGAUGAAAAAAUAUCCGUUUUAAGGGGCGAAAAGGUAGAGCUUGCCUGCCCGAUCGAUAUAGCGACCUGCGGCGAGCUGCACUCGCUGAAAUGGUUCAAGGGAACCGAGCGGAUAGCGGUCGUGUCCGGUGAUGGCGAGGUGGCCAAAGUCGAGGGCAGCUACAACGACCGGCUGUCGCUGUCGCACGAGGCGCAAACGAGCCGGCUGAUUUUCCGCAGCGUCGAGAUAGCGGACGAAGAUACAUAUCUGUGCGAGACCACGUUUCUCGAGCCGUCGGAGCUGUGCGAGAACUCGGGCGCAUAUAGCGUUGCUUUAAACGUUAAUGCGGUGCCAUCGGUCAUCACGCUCCAGGAUGGCAAUAGAAAUAGUAUUAAAAAUGGUUCGCACAUUGGACCGAUGCGCGAGGGCCAGGACCUGCAGGUCGUUUGCGAGGUAUACGGUGCCCGUCCAGAGCCUGUGAUAAGCUGGCAUCGAUCUGGGCGGGUUGUUCGAGAUAACUUGGUUGUCGAGGAACACAAUGGACUGUACACGGUGAAGUCGACGUUGUCGCUCACGCUGUCCCGGCAGGAGCUGGGCGCUACGUACAACUGUCGCGUUGAGAUGAAGGAUCUCAAGCUGUCCGUUGACAACCAGUUCCACAUCGAUCUGCAAGUACGACCCACCAAGAUAAACUUAUCCGGUGUCGAACAUCACACAGUUCAAGGGACAAAGGUUUUGCUUCAGUGUCAGGUCAGCGGAGCAAGACCAGCAGCUAAUAUGACCUGGUACAACUCAUCUAAGCUCAUUACGGAGGAAUCGAGCGAGAUGACUUCAAUUAAUACCAAAACAUAUCUUCAAAAUGAUGGAACAUUUGAAACGAUCAGUCAGAUGAUCUUUACUGCGACGCGCUUUGAAAAUGGUGCGUCUAUGCGCUGCGAAGCCGACAACAUUGUGAUGCGUGAGGAUAUGGACCGGCCCCUGCACGACACCCUCACGCUGGAAGUGAUGUAUCCACCCGUGGUGUCCGUGAAGCCGGAAAACAUAACCGUCAACGAGACGCAAGAUUUCCUGAUCUUUUGCGACUACGAAGCAAACCCGGCCUCACUCGAGAGCGUCAAGUGGUACCGGAACAGUCAGGAGAUCAAGCUGAACAGCGUGCGUUACGAGGGCGGCAACCCGGAGCAGACGGCACUGCUGAUAAAGAACUCAACACGGCACGACAUCGGUGCCUACACCUGCGAGCUUUCGAACUCGAUCGGGUUCGAUGUGUCUGAUAAUGAAGUUUAUGUUGAUGUUAUAUAUAAACCGACGGUGAUGUUAACGAUGGAUCCGGAAGCGCCGGUGAUUGAGAAUGAUCAGGCGAACAUAACGCUGCUGUGCAAUAUUGUGGACGGGAAUCCGAUGCUCCUGACCAAGGUGCGCUGGUUCCUGGACGGCGAGUUCCUGAAGGAGCUGCCCGAGUGUGAGGAGGAAACGCUCGGUACGGACGAGAACCUGUGCGAGGUUGAUCCGAGCAAGAUGUUACUGCAGAACGUUGGGCGUGAGUUUAUUGGCAAUUACUCGUGCGAAGGCUUCAAUGCUGCCGGCUGGGGCGAUGUAAGCGAGGAGAACCCGCUGGAUGUUUACUACGAGCCGGGCAAUGCGUCCAUGGUGCACUAUCCGUACAUCGCGAUCAAGCGGCGCAGUGUGACGUUUAACUGCUCGAUCGAGGAUCGAGGAAAUCCGGCAGCUACUCGCUAUCGUUGGCUGCGCGGAGGAAAGCCGGUGCUGGACGUGGUCACACCUUCCUGGACGGUUGAUCCAGUGGGGCUGGACUCGCGCACCACGUUCUCCUGCUUUGCGUACAACGAAGGCGGAGAGGGCUACCCGGCCGAGGUGAAUCUGGAAGUGCACGCACCCCCGGCAUUCAUUCAAAAGCUGCAACCCUACACGGGUGCCCUGUUUUCGACGGCCAAUAUGUCGCUGUCUUGCCGGGUGGAAUGCAUACCGUCGUGCAGCAUUUCGUGGUUUAAGGAUGGAAUUGGAAUCGACGAGAGUGACGAGCGGUACUACAUUACCAACACGUAUCUCCCAGCGGAACCGGCAACGGGUGACUUUGAGAGUGCAUACUCUGUGCUGCAUUUCAACAUGUCCGCUUGGCCGAAUGGUAUACUGGAUCGCAUUAAGGACAGCUCGAACUACUCUUGUGUGUCCACCAACAACUCUGCUGGACCGGGCGUCCGCAGUACAACAUAUUUUGGAGUUGAAUAUCCACCAGAGAACACGAGUCUCUCGAGCACAACAAUCUCGGUGGAGGAAGGUAAAAUUCCGCCGAAAAUUGUGUGCUCUUCGCGGGCCUACCCUGAGCCGGCGUUUUACUGGACGCGGAACGGAGAGAUCAUUGCCAAGGGCAGUGCACUCAUAGUGGACGAUGUGCUGGAGCGUUCCGAUGCCGGCAAGUAUACCUGUACCGCGUUCAACAAGCAUGGCAACCAUUCAACGGACGCAUACAUUGAUAUCCAUUAUAAACCCACAUGUCAAAUCAUGCGGAAGGAGGUAGAGGACGAGGAUGUGCUGAUCUGUGUUGCGACGGGCAGUCCGCGUGAGUCCGAGUUUGAGUGGAGCGUCAAGUACGCGAACGACAGCUUGCAGAGCCAUCGCAUCAAGAGUGACCCGUACGAGAGCUACCUAACGCUCGACGAUGCCGUGUCGGCGAUGCGCAUUUACGUGUGUGUCGCUAGCAACAACGUUGGCAUGGGAACGCCGUGCGAGAUUGAGGUUGCUGACAUGUUCCGGUAUUUAUGUAUGUUUGAAGGAUACGUUGCUUGGUGGCUGAAAGGGGACGUACUGACACCGUACAUUCUGAUCGGUGCCGUGGCCGCCCUGCUGCUUGCGGUUAUACUCGUCUGCAUCAUCAUCAUUUGCAUCUGCCGAAGGAAGAGGCGACAGGAGAAGUCUUCUAUGCACAUGGAAGAAAUCGAAGAUGCCGAAUUCUCAUUUAUGAAAGAUCGCAGGUGUCUACAACGGGAGACGGAUGCUUCCGAGAACAUCCGGCACUACGAUCAGUCACUCCGGUGGCGCAUUCGACGGUUUUUCGAAAAACGUAACAGUAUCGAUUUGUUGCGCAUCUCAACGAGCAAUGUUAUUACGUAUGUUAAAAAGCCUCAAACCAUACCCACCGAAGACCCAUCGCCCCCCACGUCCACACCAUCAGCAGCAGCAGCAGCAGCAGCAACACCAACAGCAGCAACGGCUGACAACGCAACUGCCACCGGUACCACCACCACCAACGCACUACCAACGACAGCCGAUUGUGCCGCGUCCGCUACGGCCCCAGAACAGGCAGGACCCGGUGCGGCACGGGUUGGGGUCGAUGGUGGAAAUGCAAAUGUACCGGAAGCUGGUACGGCGGUAGGCGGAGUUACUGGAGAAUCAUCGACUGCUGGCGGAUCCCAGAUCGAACCAGGAGAAUAUGAAAACCUUCCGUUCCAUGGAUUGCAAACACCGCCGAAGAAGGCUAUGCUGUGUAAAACUAACCUCGCACCAUCGCUGAAGCAUCAUAACAAAACGCUCACCCCGUCCUGCUUCCCGACGCAUCCGUACAACUACAUCAACUAUCAGAAGGACUGUCAGAAGGGUGGCCUGCAGGCGCCCCUCCAUCCCACCCUCCAGCACUCCGGGCUUCCGGCCCCGCCACCGUCGUCCGGUGAGCCGCCGAGUCUGGACGAUUCGUGUAAAUCCGCCGAACGGAAGCUGGCCUCGCUGGACAACAGUGAUACGCUCUCCUCGCACAGCUUCACCAUCGGUGGCACACGGUCCAUGAAACGGUCCUCGGAGAAGAAGCUGAUCGAUCUGGAAACGGUGACACCACUGUACGAGAACCUGACCGAUUCGAUACAGAUCCACGAGACGACGGCACCGACACCGCUGGUACCGCCCGGCAAGCCGCUCAUUCUCGAAGGCCCCCACCAGGAACGGUAUCGCAUCAGCUUGAAGAAGCCGGGCCGAAAGGGCGGAAGCAGUCGCUCGAACAGUGCCGUCUCGAACAGCUACUACGAUUGCAUCAAGCCAAUUCCGGCGCCACGACAUCGCAAGUACGCCUCGACCAACUCGCUCGUUUCGAAGGCACACCCGGGCGGUGUUGGUGGCGGCGGCGGCCAUGGACUGAAGGCGUACGGUGGCAAUGGUGGCAGUAGCAGCCGGCUCGAUCCGAUCUACAUGAACCUUCCGUUCGGCAACAAGGGGGGACACGAAUCGUCGCUCCGGCUACACUCGGACACGGAAUCGGGCUCGGAGGGUCACAGGGGCAUCGCUGACUAUCCAGUGCCGCGCGAUAACCACUAUCUGGAGAUAACGCAGCACCAGACGCGGAUAGUGAUCCCGCGCGAACUGUUCCCGGUGGAUAGUCGCGAGCAGCAGGCCAAGAUCAACCAGCUGCUGCGCAAGAGUGGCGCCCCGCCCGUACCGCCCGCCCUGCUGGCCACCGGCUCCACGCCCAGCACGACCACCCCGUCAUCGUCAUCCUCGAGCAGCACGAACAGCCGGCGCCACAUCAAGCUGCCUUUACAGAAACAUCAUAGCUUUAAUUUCCAGUCGUCGCAGACGGUCGAGGCAACGGUGCGCGAUCUCAAGAUCAAGUCGCACUCGAUCAGCUCGAAAACGCUGCGCGACUACCGUGGCAGCAGCAGCGGGCAGCGCAAUGGGCAGAGCAAUGGCACCAGCACACUGAACCACCAUCAUCACCAUUCCCAUCAUACCGGCAUGCUUCACGAGAACGAUAGCGAGAACGAAUACUACGACCAACAGCAACAGGAACAGCAUCACCAACAUCAACAGCAACAGCAGCAGCAACAGCAUCGCCAUCGUGCGGCGUCACACUUUCCGUACGACACUAGCACCGUAGCCUUUAAACCCAUAACUCCCGUGCCAACGAGUACUACAGCAAUAAUAACUACCACUAACAGAAAGUCGGUUAAUAUGUGUAAUAAUGACAAAUUUGCAAUCAAAUAAAACAACCACAAACCAUCUCACCAUCUUCUCUGACUUCAAAA